CUUGGCGAUGGCGGCUCGUACGAAAUGAAGGAAGAUGCGGCCUCGUCCGGAUACCGUGGUUGGGGUUCUACCACUCUUGCCGGCUCCACCGGACGUAAGGCGUCCACGACCAUGUCCGGAGGCAACACAGGAGAGCCUUUGAUCAACGACGGCUCGUACUCACCUGAUGGUGAGAUCCUCGGCGCCAUGGGCCCUUCGGCAGCCAUGAACCGUGGAGGCGGCGUUCAACGCGGACCCUCCAAUGCCUCAUCUUCCUACAGUGCAGGAAACCACUCGGACACCUCUGACGGAAUCGGCAUGGCAUACAGCGGCGGUGGUAGCAACGGCAACAGCAAUGGCAACGGCAAUGGUUACUACGAUCAGUACGCCAACAACCCGUACUCUGACAGUCCGUACGCCAACCCGGCCACUGAGCUUCCCGGCCAACCGGUCAUCCGCGACAACCCAGCUCGUCGCAAUACUAGGAUCGAGAACCCUUCGCACUAUCCCCAACAACAGAACGCUGGUAUUUCCCAGAACUUUUAG